AUGAAAUGCCCCCAAUUCUCAUGCAACAGCAACUAUUACUAUGAUGCCCUUUCCAAUAUAACCCCAUCUGAUGAUGAACAAUUUGAAGAGCUAAUCAACAAAAGGAGCAGGCAAAAAAAUUUACACUACAAGUUAGAGAAGACGAUAAAUCAAAUAAUACACGACACGAAAAAAAACUGUCAUGUUAACUCAGAUUUUGAACAGGUCGAGAAACUUCCAAACCAAAAUUACGAAUACUCCUAUUCGGAUGACUGUCUAGACGACAUAGACAUCAUUUUGAAAAAACAAAAAACGAAAAAUAUGUUCUCGAAGUUAAAUAGAAAUGACGCCCCUGGGCACCUCACAUUGCCCUCUAAAAGGACCAAACAGAGAAUUUAUUCAUUACGUGAAUAUAGCCAAGAGGAAAAAGAGAUAGGGGGCACAAUUAAUGGCAAAAAUGUGAACCCAGAAGCUGAGCUCCCAAAUGAGGGAAUAAUUGAAAACUUUAAAAAUGUUCUCUGUAACGGUUUAAAUAAAUACAUUAAGGAUAUGUUGGAACUGCCAAAACAAAGCUCCCCUACUCAAGCGACAUACAAAGCCAACGACUUUGCAAAUCUGAACAGCUCGUACUACAAAACAUCUGAUACUAAGAGUGACGUUUUUAAUGAGGAAAGUGCCAACCGGUGUGAACAUCCCCGUGAAUAUCAUUCCAACAUCAAGGGAGACAACUCACUAAAAUAUUUCACUUUGGAACUGCUGAAUCAGAGAAAUGAAAAUACACAUGAAAGAAAAAUACACCACACUGAACAAUCAUUUGACGUUAACACACGCGCUGGUGAUAAACCGUCGAGAAAUCCCAGUCCUGGGACGCGCAACAAAAAUGAAUAUGCUACUCCAACUGCAGUUCGCAAGAAAAACACCAAACGACAGAAAAGAAAUUACAGACAUAAAGGGACAAUUUUGGACAGAUCCAGAUAUACGAAAAAUAUUUAUCCUUCCAAAAGAAAAAAAUGGACAAACGAAAAUUCCCUCUCAUUAAAUGAAAAGGAAACCGUUCGCUGGAAGGAUACUAUCGAAAUGUACGAUAAGAGAAUGAACGUUCCCAGGGGAUACCUAGAACGACACUCCAUGAAGUCCUCAGGAAGGAUUAGCGACGCGAAUGCCAAACUUCCCGCACCGAGGCGGCACCACAGAUACAAUGCAUCGAGAAUGAACUGCUUGUCCGGCUCAAGUGAAGAUUUUGCCUUCAGCCAUUUUCAGAAAAACGCCAACAACGACAAUUUAGUAGGAAUGUUCCGUUUUUAA